GAGAAUGCACCGGUCGGGAUUAAUGGCAGCCUAAAAGUGGAUUCACGGUGCAGCUGGUGUGGUCUGGUCUGGUCUGCUCGUGUCUUGGGAGAGGCGGGGCACGUCGUCAGACGGGGUCUUCCUCUGUCUCCCCUCCACUCCACUGGGGCUGAUCUCAGCUCCUUUCCCCAUCCUACUAAUACCACUCCUUGCCCCUCCCUGGUGACGCCUUCAACUUUCUGAUCCUCUGUGAGGAUUCUCUGUAUUACCCCUUUCUGUCUCCUAUCUUCUGUACUGUCCUCUCUACCAUGACUCGCCCCGAGGACGACCUGGCAUAUGGCCAAUACCACCAAGACUCCGCUCGUGGAGCUUCUUCCGACACCGCCAGGGGCUUUGUCGGGGACGCCUUCAAGAAGCUGAAGCAGUCGUACAAGCCCCAAUCUCCGCAAGGCUCUUCCCAGCAGUCUCAGCAAUCCCAACAAUACGGAACGUACCAGUCCCAAGGCUCCCAGUCCCAGCAAUACCCCGCGAAUCCCACCCCGCAACAACAGCAGGCCCAGAAACCCCAGAAGCAGGACAAACUGUCGGGCUUGUUUGGCAAGCUCGAGGAGCUGGGCAACGAGGUUGCUCAGAAAAUCGGCACGGCACUCGAUCCCCAGGCCUAUGCUGAGUAUGGCGCACCGAAGCCGCAGGCGGAGAACCGGUUCGGGAGCUUUGCUCCCCCGCGUCAGGGCAACGAGGUCAAGUGGCAUGUGGAUGGUUGCGCGUACUUCUAUGCCGUCUCCGAGGCGUUGGAGAGUGCCAAGGAAUAUAUCUGGAUUUUGGACUGGUGGCUCUCGCCAGAGCUUUACCUGAGACGCCCCCCGGCGAAGAACGAACAAUACCGGCUGGAUCGGAUGCUGCUGGCAGCGGCGCAGCGGGGAGUCCGGGUGAACAUCAUCGUGUACAAGGAGGUGACCCAGGCAUUGACCCUGUCUUCCCACCACACGAAGCACCACCUGGAAGACAUGCACGAGAACAUUGCGGUGUUCCGCCACCCCGACCAUCUUCCUGACCGUCAAGAAUUGGCGGCUUCCAUCAGCUCUUCCCUCCAGAGCUUGUCUCUCGAUGCCGGAAACCUUGCCAAGAUGUCAGAGGACGCCAUCAAGGGUAUCUAUGGUAUGCGCGAGGACGUAAUCCUGUACUGGGCACACCACGAGAAGCUUUGCGUCAUUGAUGGUCGCAUUGCAUUCAUGGGUGGCCUGGACAUGUGCUUUGGCCGCUGGGAUACCAACCAGCAUGAGUUGGCCGAUGUGCACGGCCAGGAUCUGAAUGAGAUUGUUUUCCCGGGUCAGGAUUACAACAACGCCAGAGUGAGUGACUUCCACGACGUUGCUCACUGGGAGCAGAACCAGCUGGAUCGGAAGAAGACUUCUCGCAUGGGCUGGUCCGAUAUCUCGGUCAGCUUGCACGGUCAGGCCGUUGAAGAUCUGCGGAAACACUUUGUUCAACGGUGGAACUUUAUCUAUGAUUUGAAGUAUCAGUCACGCAACAACUCGCGGUAUUCCCGAUUGACAUUGUACGGUCGGCCUCCCUCGGGUGCCCAGCAGGGGCCCCAGGGUGGUCAGGGUGGCCAGAGUGGUCAAGCCCAGAAACCGCCAGCGUCGCCCCAGCCCGCGAACGCUGGUCCUGCAGCACCCAGCUGGCAGCAGCAAGCAGCGCCGCAGCCUGGAGCGAACCCGGGCCCUCCCACCCCCAGCUGGCAGCAGACAUCUCCGCAGACGAGUGGCAAUACUGGCCCAGCACCCAGCUGGCAGCAACAGGCCGCAUCGCAACCUAGCGGCCACCCUCAGACGCCCAACUCGGCUGCACCUAGCUGGCAGCAUGCGUCUCCACAGUCUGGCCAUUCAGCAACGGGCAGUCACGAAAAGCCCAGCUGGCAACAGCAGAGCUCUGAACCUCCCGCUUACUCGGGCCAAGGUGCCACGCAGCACUACACUUAUACCGGCGAUUCGUUCCCUCCGCCGCCUUCUGGUGCUCCUCCCGCCCAGAGUUCUGCUCAAUCCCAGUACCAGCCCCAGCAGACUCAAUCCCAGUACCAGCCCCAGCAGGCUCAAUCCCAGUACCAGUCCCAGCAGGCUCAAUCCCAGUAUCAACCCCAGCAGGCUCAAUCCCAGUACCAGCCCCAGCAGGCUCAGACCCAGAGUCAAAACCAAGCACCUUACUACCCACCUCCCCCCGCUCAGCAAUUGCAGCACUCGCAAACUCGCGGUGUCCAAGAGCACCACGGUGGAUAUGCUGACUCCGAGAGAGGCUUUGGCCGUCUGCGUGAGAACUUCAUGGGCUACAGCAACACUCUGCGCGGCGAAUUGGCAGGACAGAUCCACCAGUACCAGGAUCGGUUCUCUGGCCACGCGCGCCAAACCAGUAGUCAGCCCCGGGGUGGUAUGACCUGUCAGAUCGUCCGGAGCGCCUCGAAAUGGAGCAACGGAACUCCGACCGAGCACUCCAUCCAGGAUGCCUACGUUGCCAUCAUUCGCAACAGUCAGCACUUUAUCUAUAUCGAGAACCAAUUCUUCAUCACGGCCACCAGCGAUGCCCAGAAGCCUGUGGAGAACAAGAUUGGCGCUGCGAUUGUGGAGCGUAUUCUCCGUGCUGCUCGGGCUGGUGAGAAGUACAAGAUUGUGGUCGUGAUCCCGUCGGUCCCCUGCUUUGCUGGUGACCUGAGCGAUGAGUCCACCCUGGGCACCCGCGCCAUCAUGGAGUUCCAGUACAACUGCAUCAACCGCGGAGGCAGCAGCAUCAUGGAGCUGAUUGCCAAGGAGGGAUUCAACCCGAUGGACUACAUCCGGUUCUACAACCUGCGCAACUACGACCGCAUCAAUAUCAGCGGCCCCUUGAGGGAGGCUGAGCAGCGUAGCGGCGUCAAUUACGAGGAUGCGCGGAAGCAACAGGAUGUGGCGACCGGUGGCCCUGGCGGAUAUGGCCCGGGUGCUCCUCGGGCGGCAUUCGACACCACCGCUCCUUACCAGCAGUACCAACAAGCGGCCCAGCAGGUGUCGAGUGGCAAGUCUGCUGGCAAGUGGAACAGCGUGAGCAGCUGCUAUAUGCUCAAUGGCGAGGACAUUCGCAAUGUCCCUUGGGACGGCCCUGCCGAAGCUGAGAUUGAUGCUUUUGUCACGGAGGAGCUCUAUGUGCACUCCAAGGUCAUGAUCGCUGACGACCGCGUUGCCAUCGUUGGAUCGGCCAACCUGAACGAUCGUUCUCAGCUGGGAACCCACGAUUCGGAAAUUGCUAUUGUCAUCGAGGACUACACGCCUGUGCACUCGCGCAUGAACGGUCAGCCAUGGACUGCCAGUCGUUUCGCUGCAUCCCUGCGUCGCCAGCUCUUCCGCAAGCACCUUGGUCUGCUGGCACCACAGGAUCCGGAGCGACCGGACAACAACUUUGAGCCGGUGGGAGCUCCGAACACGCUCGACUUUGAGUCUCCGGAGAGCCAGAUCGUGGCCGAUCCGCUGGCGGACACUCUGCACAGUAUGUGGAACACGCGGGCUCGGACGAACACCGAGGUGUUCCGGAAGGUGUUCCACUCGGUUCCGGACGACACAGUGCGCAACUGGGCUACCUACAAGGAGUUCUACGGAUACUACUUCCACAAUGCCGACAAGCAGGCAUACGGCGAGGACGAGUCGAAGCCUGCUCGGUACGGAUAUGGUCAUGUGGUCCGGGACGACUUUCCCCCGGGCCCGGAGGGAGUCAGACAGGUCAAAGAACUGCUUAGCCAGGUCAAGGGGACCUUGGUGGAGAUGCCUUUGAUGUUCCUGAUCGAGGAGGAUGUGGCGAAGGAGGGAUUGACCCUGAACGAGUUGACGGAGCCGAUCUACACUUGA